CUCGCUCGCUUUUCCCUGUUCCCCCUCCCCUCCCCUCCGUCUCCCAGGUUCUCCCCCCUCGGCCACGCCCACCACCACCACCUGCUUGACCCUUCCUGCUCCGGAGGUAGUGCCUCCGCCUCCGAGUCAGUGCUUGUCGUCCCGCUCCGCGCGGCGUGGGUGGUAGUGCAAGCGCUCCUCCCCGCGAGCGCGUGGUGGUUGGGGAUGGGCGGAAUUGGCGAGGGGGAGUGGAGAUUGAGUUGAGGGACCUGUUGCGGCGCGUGUCUCACUGUCGCCCACAGGUUCUUUUUAUUCCUCCGCGCCCACGGCGGAUGAUGGAUUCUGGUCUCUUUUGAGCUGGUGAGUCGGGGCGGCGGGGAGGGCGGGCGCGGGGGUGCUUUGAUCCGCUGGCGCCUGGGCUGCCGACUGCCGUGAGUCCUCGGUUCCGUGGCGGCGGAGGCCGCGCAAUUUUGUUCUUCUUCCUGCUUCUAUACGUGGCGUUAAUUGGCGGUGUUUCCCAGGAACGCGGUGGCGUGCUCGUGUCGUUCUUUACCUAGCUUGGCGUGAUCCAAUUCUGGUCCCAACUGAAAGGCAAGGAGGUGCGCACUGCAGAACACAAGCGCGCGCUUCGUGCUUGCUAAGAAACUUCUGCAGUCAUCACUCCAAGCUCGUGAGGAAAGUCAAUUUGAGUUUUAUACUUUGUACUCCAAUCAUGUCGGAAUUCGUCAGGAGUAGAUAUGAUAAGCAAGAAGAUUUUCAAGUUCUGUUGAGCAAGAAAGAUCCUGGAGAAUCACCUCAACACAAGCAUUACCUGUGGAUGGCACACUGGACCAAGGCAAGCAGCAGUGCAGAACCCCAAAAUAACAAUAUCAGCAACCCUUUGGAGGAUAUCAACAAGGGCAGUACAACAAAACACAGUGAGACUUUGCCUUAUGAAUUCAUGAAAUCUACAGUAGCUGAAAGGCUCAUGGUAGGAGUAAGCCGUGGAAGUGCCUCCAUGCAGCAUGCCCAACAAUUCAAUUCUAGCAUGUGGGGUGUGGCACAUCAUGUUUGCAAUGAAUUGGGAGCAAAGAAUAAUGAACAGGUUGAUGAGUCUUUUGAAAAAUCCAUGAAGAAGAAUGCUGUGAACUUACGUGCUAGGGAAGUUGUGUCAGAAGCAUUUUCUGUUCACAAGCUUUCAGAGUUACCAUUGGAUUUUCAGAAACUUGGGAGCUCAGAGGAUCCAAGUUCAGAUUGGAGCCACUUUCCUAUGUUCGAAAUUAAUCGAAAGAUUGACAACAUACUCAACCCAAAACGAAGGUCUGAACUUGGUCCUGCAUCUCUGAAUCUAAAUAUGUCUACAUCUCAUGUUAUGGCACUAUCAUCACAGGAAUAUAUGAUGAACUCACAACGAAUAGCUGAUGAUAAUAUGGAAAUGUGCAAAUCUGCAAGAGGCUUUGCAUCUCGCAUAGAAGAUCCUGCUGGCCUUAACUCAGAUCCUUCAGGGAAAAAGUUAAAAAGAAAAUUAUUGGAUACAAUGUCAUGUUCUUGCAGCAAGAAUGACAACGACUCAUCAGAUUGUCCAAUAGAUGAUCAGCAUACAAGCCACCAUUUUGCAAAAGCAAAGCAAGAGCUACCCUGUGCAUCUAAUGAAAAAAAGUUCAUGUUUGCAGCAAACAAUGACAGCCGAAUUGUUUCAAGUGCGUUCCACAAUCUGGAGACAAGAAGAUCUGCUGUCCUUGAACAACAAAAUGAUGCAGAGGCCAUGUUCUGUGCACCAGUACUUGGUAGAGAGUUUCAGAAUGAACCAAUAACUAUAUCUAACAACAGAAAGAAGGAUGUUGAAAAUUUGCAUGAGACGUAUAAAUCUCGUGGCAAGGCUGUUUCAUGUUGUUUACAACCUUAUGAGCGGCAGCAUCUGAAAACACAGAGAACGGAAUCUGCAGCAAAUUUGAAAGGCUGCAUCUUACCUGAUCAAAGUGCAAACAAAUUCACAGAAAAGAGUAAGAGUAAUGGUGAGCUGCUGACACAUGGACCAAAGUCAACGGAAAUGUAUACUGGUUCUUGUAACCGACGAGGACCCUGUUUAUUUGAAAAGUUAACAAUUCCUUCCAAGUCACAAAGUGCGCAUCCUAAAAAUUCUGCGUCUUCAGGAAAAUCUAGUGGCUUUGGAGUUUGUAUGUACGGCACCAAUAUCGGCAGUCAGCUAUUUGGAGCACAGAAUCAAUCUUCAGCUAAGACUGAAACACUGUACAGUGAUACUCUUAUUCGGUCGAAAUCCUCAGCAGGCAUUGCUUCAUUGCCGGCACAAAAGGACUACGGUUGCCCAGAUGAAGCAAAAAGUGAGCAGCUGGCGACUCCUCCACGAAGAGGAGAUUCACGAUUCAGUAAAGAUGACAGAUUCCAUAAUGUGAAUGAACAUCAUGAUGUUUCGUCCAAAGCUACUAUUGCCAGUAAGCAAUCAUGCAUGCCUGGAACAAGAAUCACAAACCUAGAUCUCAUCCUAUCCCAAAUGAGCAGAAUGAGAAAUCAAAUUUCUAGUGGUAUGGUUCAACCACCAAUAGGCGCUGAGCCAAGUGAUAGAUGGCUGAAGCGCCUACAGCUUGAUAUAUCAGAUCCUGACAUCCCUGGUUCCAAGAGGCCAAAAAUAGGAGACAGUCCUCCACUCGGGGAAACAAAAUGUUUGUUUGACAUGGCGCUUCCUUGCAACAAGAUUGAUGGCGAAAUGAUUGGUUGUGCCAAGGAGGACCAGGGCUUGGAUGAAGGGAAUAAUGAACUCCAAGACAAGCAAGAAAGAACCUCAGUUCCAGCAAAGAGUAUGAAUAGUUGGAUAGGAAGAUGGUGCCAGGGCGGCACUUCUGUUUUUCAUGAAGACCUAGGCCAGGGAAGGCAAGAAAGAAAACCUGACCAGCCAUCUGAAGAACUUGAAGGACAGUUCCCGAGCAUCGCGGCUAUGGCGAUGAUGGGGCGAGUGAUGAACAAGCUUCGGCCCUGCGAGCAUCAGAAGAAGGGGCCAUUUGUGGUGUGGAAGACAGAUUGAUUUGUGUAUAUUUUCUUGGGUGUAAUGUACUUCUUUAAAAAAAAAAGUAAAGUUACUGUGAAUUUUGCUUGUCAUUGACUCAUUGGUUCAUCGUUGUGGCCUGCUAUGUGUUACUAUUAUUUUCUUAUAAGUGAAACUGGCUAGGAGUGGUGGCUACUGAUGGUGUACUGGUUUAGGAGGCUAAACAGUGAAAGAUUGUAUGGAUAUCAUUGUGAUGAAUCGAAGCCUGAAUCGUCCCUGAAUUGAAA